AUGUUACAAUCACAGCAAAGUAAAAACAAACCAAAUCCAACAUUAAAAUCAUCAUGGAAAGCGAAAAAGAAUCGAAAUAAGGAUGAUGAUGAAUUUAUAAAAUUGCUGCCUCCUCUAUCUGAUAUUAUUGCGUACAAUUUGGAUGUUUUAUUUUGUGGGAUUAAUCCGGGAGUAAUUAGUGCAAAAACUGGUCACCAUUUUGCCAACAAGGGCAAUAGACUAACGCAUGGCAAAAAAGUGACUUGUGAGAAUGACGCUGAUUUUCCAUCUAACUUUAAUUACGGGAUAACAAACUUGGUAAAUCGCGUGACGCGUGGUUCAAAUGAUUUGAAUCAACAAGAGCUACGACAAGGAAUUCCGAUUCUAUUAGAAAAAGUUAAAAAAUAUCAUCCUAAAAUCCUGUGCUUUAUUGGAAAAUGUGUCUUUGAUAUGUUCAUGCAAUACAAUAAUUUAGAUCCGAAUUUGAAAAAAUAUGGUUUACAGUCGAUCAGAAUUUUUUGGUCCGGAGAUACGACAAAUAAUGAUGAUAAGACCGAAGAGUUUACGCGUGUUUUUUCUAUAAUGUCUACUAGUGGUCGAGUUGUUAUAAAGCCUGAGGAGAGAUUGGAAUUGUUUAAGGAAUUGAGACGAGACUGGCAACUGCGUGUAAAGACAUGGUUUGAUCAGCCAGGACGAAAGAAACGUAGAAGACUAAAUCGUAUCCGUAAGGCUACUCGAAUUGCGCCACGACCUGUGGAACUUUUGAGACCAGCGGUUCGGUGUCCUACUAUAAAGUAUAACACAAAAUUACGAGCAGGACGUGGAUUCACUCUUGAUGAGCUCAAGGAAGCAGGUAUCCGUCGUAAGGAAGCACUUAGCAUCGGAAUUCCAGUCGAUCAUCGUCGCAAAAACCGAUCUCUCGAGUCUCUUCAACUUAACGUGGCACGUUUGAAGACAUACAAGAGCAAAUUGAUCAUAUUCCCAAGAAAAUCAAGCAAGCCAAAGAAGGGUGAUUCUAACCCUGAUGAACUCAAAGACGCCACUCAACUCAAAGGAUUCGUCUUGCCAAUUCAACAAACCUGGACUCCAGAACCACCACGUGCAAUCACUGAAGAAGAAAGAACCUUUAACGCGUAUGCUACUCUUCGUAAAGCAAGCUCUGAUGCUCGUUUGGUUGGCCGCCUUGACGAAGAGAGCGCCGACUUAGAGUUCCUUGAGGAAAAUCUAAAGAAAACUAAUGUGUUGACUGAAAAAAUGACCAGCAUGCUUAAUGUGUUUGAUGACCGACUGGUUAGAUUAGAAGCUUCGAUUCUGCCAAUUCAUAAAGCAACACAAACUUUAACGAGGCUAGCCGAUAAUAUAGAUCGAACGCGUAAUACGGUGUAUGAGAUCAUUGGGUAUUUCGAUUUGGUGGAGAAAGAGAAAAUGACUAUACAGAGCGGGCCAAAAGAAAAUGAUUUGGAACCGUACUUAAAUUCUAUUGGCAAGUGCAAAAAAGCUAUGGAAGUUUUGAGCGAAUCAAGAUUAAAGAGCACCGAGAGAGUUAUGGCCCAAUUGAAACAAUUAUUAAAAGCGGCGAUGCUGCAAUUAGAAGAAUUAUUUCGUAAAUGGCUUGUAAAGUGGAGUGUCCCGAUAGAACCGCUGGCUUAUACAACAAAAAAAUUAAAUAUACCCGGAAUACCACAGGCUCCACUACAAAAUCUCCAAAUAUUAGCUUCGUAUUUGGCAACAUCAGACGCGGAACUAGGCUACACGAGUGAUUUUGUCAAAGUAUACAUUGAGGUGCGAUCUGCGUACCUGCUAAAAUCCCUUACCAUGUUAUCGCAAGCUUCUAUAUCAACAGCUGAAAAGAGGAAUAAGCCUGUUUAUGAAAAAGGCACAUGCGGGUUUAUUUCUUAUGUGGAUGCUAUGUUGAGGAUGUUUGAGACAGAAUAUUAUGAAGUAGUAACGAAAAUUCUACCAAAAGAUUAUGUCACGGAGGCAUUUAGAGGUGCCAUACAGAGUCCACUUGACACUUUCGUGGAGACUGGAAGACAAUUAAAUACUCGAAUCAAAAGAAACAUGCAAACUGAUGUAUUCUUGGCUUUUGAUAUGCUUGAGGCAUUAAAUACGAACGCUGAAGCAAUUGAAGAUAUUUUCCGGUUCGCUGGGAAUAAAGACGCUGGAUAUGGAGAGCUUAUACAUUCUUUACGUGGUGCCGCGUUAAGAUCUUUUCCAGAAUUCAUUGAAGACAUUAAAAUUCAUUCCUCCAAAAGUACAGCACUGCCAAACGAUGGUACUGUGCACGAAUUAACGAUCACUACUUUACAACAUAUGAAGCGAAUGACCGAUUACCAAGAUGCGGUCGAAACAAUGCUUCAGACAUUAGGCGAUGGCAAUUGGAAUUCAUUCGAGAAAGAACCAAACUUUUCUCGAGAUCGUGCUGGCCGAGGGGCGUUAAUGGGAAAUGCUAUUGUGCGACAUUAUUUUGCUGACUGCUUGGAAACACUAUCAAACAGUCUUGACAGUAAAGCCAGGACAUACAAAAAAGCCGCAUUAACAUGCAUAUUCCUGCUCAAUAACUAUCAUUAUAUCUUGAAAACGAUCAAAGCGCAAUUUGUGUUGUUGGUUGAUAAGGAGGUUGAGAGUAAAUAUGAGAAAUUGGUAAAGAAGUAUAAUGAUGCUUAUCAAGACACAUGGAAGCCCUGUAUCAAUCAUCUUAUGGAUUAUACUUACGUGCGUGGAGGGACAUUGAAGACUACGUUGGGUAGUAAUGAUAAACAGUCCGUGAAAGAAAGAUUUAAGAAUUUCAAUAAUGAAUUCGAUGAGCUAUACAAAGUACACAAAGGGUACGCUAUACCGGACCUUGAUUUGCGGAAUCAAGUAAUUAAAGAUAUCAAGGUUGUCUUGAUUCCUAUGUAUAACCGAUUCCUUGAUAGAUAUCAACAGUCGGAAUUCUCGAAGAAUCCAACAAAAUAUAUCAGAUAUGAUUCUUCACAACUUGAAGUAAUGGUUGGUCGAUUGUUUGAUGGGUCAUCAUAA